AUGGAGAACAAAAUUGUGGAGAUGAGAGGGGUACCUCUACUUCAGUUGCCUCUGGAUGUCUGUCUCCAUGUUUUGGGCUUUUUAAGCCCUGUCGACCUACAGACUCUAAUUGAAAUGGAUGAGAAAUUUAUUUCAGUUGUUAAAUGCCUGGGCGUAACCUACUGGAAGGACUAUCUACAGAAACGUGGUAUGAGUUGGUCGACUCUAUUCCCGUUUACAAGCUGGGCCGAUCUUGGUUAUAGUAUGCUUGUAGAAGAUACUACUAAUAGUCCAAAAUCAUGGGAAACUUUAACCAUAAAGUGGGAUCAAGAGCGCCUCAACUUCAAUUGGAAGGAUCAGAGGAAUGCUAUCCUGGAACCGAUACUACGUGGUAUCCAAGAGAAGAUUACUCUAAUAAUUAUCUAUAUCCUUCAGAAGGAGGUGCAAGUCACACCUGUUGUCGGGCACAAGUUUACGAGACGAUGCGAAAUGACAUUUAUCUGCCGCCCAUCUGCACAACUCCCUCUCGAUAUAUAUGCAUUUAUGGAGAUAUCUGGCACGCCUCAACCCCGAACAAGAACGCGGUAUAUUGAGGAUUUUAAUGGAGAUUCAACAAAAAUAGUUAGUGACGGGAACAAAUGUGCAAAAGUACAAGUACCUAUAUACGUCAUUGAGAACAUCUUCCGUUUGGCGUAUUACGACAGGUUGGUUUUUGAAAUGGGCUAUGAGCCUCAUGACGUCCUAAAGGAAAAAUUAGAUACUAUUUUAGAAUCUUGGGAGGCACUUCAAGAUAAGUAUCUUUUUAGAUUCUAUAUAGAAGAGAUGUUUACAAACGGGUUUUUUAUCAACCCUACUCUCUAUAACUAG